UCGGUUUCUAUCUCCGGGAGGGCGGCCGAGGCGGCGGCGGCGGCCGGGGCGCCGGCUGGGGGGCCCUGAGGCGGGAGCUGUGGCGGCGCUGGGCGCCCCUGGCUCCUCGACCUCUGUGGGCCAUGGGCUCCGAGAAGGACUCCGAAUCGCCGCGCUCCACAUCCCUACACGCGGCUGCGCCCGACCCCAAGUGCCGCAGCGGCGGCCGGCGCCGGCGCCUCACCUUCCAUAGCGUCUUCUCCGCCUCGGCCCGCGGCCGCCGCGCCCGGGCCAAACCGCAGGCCGAGCCGCCGCCCCCGGCUGCGCCGCCGCCCGCCCCGGCCCCAGCCGCGGCCCAGGCCCCGCCGCCCGAGGCGUUGCCCGCCGAGCCGGUCGCCGAGGCCGAGGAGGCCGCCGCGGCCGCGGGGGCCGGACUCAACGAUGAAGAGGCGGCGGAGGGCGGCGGCCCGGGCGCGGAGGAGGUGGAGUGCCCACUGUGUCUAGUGCGGCUGCCGCCGGAGCGGGCCCCGCGCCUACUCAGCUGCCCGCACCGCUCGUGCCGGGACUGCCUCCGCCACUACCUGCGCCUGGAGAUCAGCGAGAGCCGGGUGCCCAUCAGCUGCCCUGAGUGCAGUGAGCGACUCAACCCGCACGACAUCCGCCUGCUGCUCGCCGACCCACCGCUCAUGCACAAGUACGAGGAGUUCAUGCUGCGCCGAUACCUGGCCUCGGACCCGGACUGCCGCUGGUGCCCGGCCCCAGACUGCGGUUAUGCUGUUAUUGCCUAUGGCUGUGCCAGCUGCCCAAAGCUAACCUGUGAGAGGGAAGGCUGCCAGACUGAGUUCUGCUACCACUGCAAGCAGAUAUGGCAUCCAAAUCAGACCUGCGAUAUGGCCCGGCAGCAGAGGGCACAGACUUUGAGAGUUCGGACCAAGCAUACUUCAGGUCUCAGUUAUGGGCAAGAAUCUGGACCAGCAGAUGACAUCAAGCCAUGCCCACGAUGCAGUGCUUACAUUAUCAAGAUGAAUGAUGGAAGCUGUAAUCACAUGACCUGUGCAGUGUGUGGCUGUGAAUUCUGCUGGCUUUGUAUGAAAGAGAUCUCAGACUUGCAUUACCUCAGCCCCUCUGGCUGUACAUUCUGGGGCAAGAAGCCAUGGAGUCGGAAGAAGAAAAUUCUUUGGCAACUGGGCACAUUAAUUGGUGCUCCAGUGGGGAUUUCUCUCAUUGCUGGUAUUGCCAUUCCUGCCAUGGUCAUUGGCAUUCCUGUUUACGUUGGAAGGAAGAUUCACAGCAGGUAUGAGGGAAGGAAAACCUCCAAACACAAGAGGAAUUUAGCCAUCACAGGAGGAGUGACUUUGUCGGUCAUUGCAUCCCCAGUGAUUGCAGCAGUUAGUGUUGGUUUUGGUGUCCCCAUUAUGCUAGCAUAUGUCUAUGGGGUUGUGCCCAUUUCUCUCUGUCGUGGCGGUGGCUGUGGAGUUAGCACAGCCAAUGGAAAGGGAGUAAAAAUUGAGUUUGAUGAAGAUGAUGGUCCAAUUACAGUGGCAGAUGCCUGGCGAGCCCUCAAGAAUCCCAGCAUUGGGGAAAGCAGCAUCGAAGGCCUGACUAGUGUGUUGAGCACCAGUGGAAGCCCUACAGAUGGACUCAGUGUUAUGCAAGGCCCUUACAGUGAAACAGCAAGCUUUGCAGCCCUCUCAGGGGGCACGCUGAGUGGUGGCAUUCUCUCCAGUGGCAAAGGAAAGUACAGCAGGUUAGAAGUCCAAGCCGAUGUCCAAAAGGAAAUUUUCCCCAAAGACACAGCCAGUCUUGGUGCAAUUAGUGACAACGCAAGCACUCGUGCUAUGGCCGGUUCCAUAAUCAGUUCCUACAACCCACAGGACAGAGAAUGCAACAAUAUGGAAAUCCAAGUGGAUAUUGAGGCCAAACCAAGCCAGUAUCAGCUGGUGAGUGGAAGCAGCACAGAGGAUUCACUCCAUGUCCAUGCUCAGAUGGCAGAAAAUGAAGAAGAAGGUGGUGGUGGUGGUGGUGGUGGUGGUGGUGGUGGUGGUGACGGUGGCGGUGACAGUGGCGGUGGUGGCAUUGAAGAGGAUCCCCCCUGCAAACACCAAAGCUGUGAACAGAAAGACUGCCUGGCCAGUAAAGCUUGGGACAUCAGCCUGGCCCAGCCAGAGAGCAUCCGCAGUGAUCUGGAGAGCUCUGACACACAGUCAGAUGACGUGCCAGACAUCACCUCAGAUGAGUGCGGCUCUCCCCGCUCCCAUACUGCAGCCUGCCCCUCAACCCCCAGAGCCCAAGGUGCACCAAGCCCAAGUGCCCAUAUGAACCUCUGUGCCCCAGCCGAGGGACAGACUGUCUUGAAGCCAGAAGGUGCAGAAGCCAGAGUAUGAAGUGAAAUGAAUGCUCCUGUUCUGAGAAGCACACUUGUUGUAACUGCAUCUUUUGGAUUUUUUUGGUGGGGGGGUUGGGGGGGAUUUAUGUAUUUUAUUUCAAAGAUUUUCUGGUCAGGUUUUCCCCAGGGAAAUUCUGAGAAAUUUGCAAUUUCUUACCAGAUAAUACAUGAAAAUUUUGCCCUUAGUACCCCUCCCUUCCCCCUCUUUUUUAGUUUUAAUUUAUUGGUUAAACUGAUGUUGGCAAUCCGUGAGGUGUGUCAAAGAGUGUACAUAUGUAUGUGUGUAUAUUGUAUGUAUGCUAACGUAUUACUGAAGGACACAUUUUAAUAAAGAUUUCUGUGGUAAUUCAA